UUACCGGAACCGGAAGUCUUAUGCACGGGAGCAGCGGCAGGUUUCACGGCCGUUCAAGAAUCUGUGAAGCUUCUUGAAGUAACACUUGUUGUCUAAUCGACCCUUCGCCUUGUGGUUUAUUCAUACGUGUAGUUUAAGAAGACAUGGCAGCGGAUUGGUUGGGUAGUUUGGUGUCGAUAAACUGUGGGCCAACACUGGGAGUCUAUCAAGGAGAGGUGUCAUCUGUGGACCAGUCAAGCCAGACCAUCUCAUUGAGACAGCCUUUCCAUAAUGGAGUCAAGUGCCCCGUUCCCGAGGUGACGUUCAGUGCUAUUGAUAUAAAGGACUUAAAGAUUUUAGAGAUCAGAAACGGCACUGGUAGGACCAGCUCUUCUGCCACUGCGAAGGUGACCAGUGCUCCAGUUGCAGUCCCAAAAGGUGACCAAAGAUAUGUAGAGAGGAUAAACUCCCCCCAGCACUGCUCUAAAAGUUAUGGAGAGCGUCAUCUGGACGUACCUGGCCAGCCUAAAGGCUUUCGCCGAAGACAUAACUCCUGGUCAUCUAGCAGUCGAGGGCCAAACCCAGUGACACCCAAAAAGAAUGGCGUAAAGAAUGGUCAAAUGAAGCACAGAGACGAUGAGUGCUUUGGGGACGGUGUGGAUGACGGCCUCGACAAGGACUUUGAUUUUGAAGGCAAUUUGGCACUUUUUGACAAAGCAGCAGUUUUCUCAGAGAUUGAUAUAUCCGAGCGGCGCAACGGUGCGAGGUCACGUGGGACACCACAGGAGCAGACUCCCUCACGGUACCGUCAUGAUGAAAACAUACUGGAGGCUAAACCAAUUGUGUACAGACAGAUAACUGUACCCCAGCCCGGAGCUAAAGAAUACUGCACUGAUUCUGGGCUUGUUGUACCUAGUAUAUCUUAUGAGUUACACAAGCGCCUGCUGUCAGUCGCUGAGCGUCAUGGUCUCUCACUGGAGCGAAGACUUGAAAUGACUGGAGUAUGCGCCAGUCAGAUGGCACUUACAUUGCUAGGUGGCCCCAACAGAUUCACCCCCAAAAAUUUACACCAGCGUCCCACAGUGGCAUUGCUGUGUGGCCCUCAUGUUCAGGGGGCACAAGGCAUUAGCUGUGGUCGUCAUCUAGCCAAUCAUGAAGUGGAAGUCAUUCUGUUUUUGCCAAAUUUUGUCAAGAUGCUUGACUCUGUCACCAGUGAGCUCACACUGUUCAACAAGACUGGAGGCAAACAGGUGUCCAGUAUCAAAGACCUUCCAGACACCCCAGUGGAUCUAAUUAUUAACUGUCUAGACUGCCACGAGAACACAUUCCUGAUGGAUCAGCCUUGGUACCAAGCGGCCGCAGACUGGGCCAACCAGAACCGAGCUCCAGUGCUCAGCUUAGACCCUCCUUCCAGUGGACAGGGUCAGGCCGUUGAAGCCAAGUGGUCACUCUCUCUCUGUCUCCCACUUGCUUUGGGUGAGGGGGCUGGCAGGGUUUACCUGUGUGACAUAGGUAUCCCCCGCCAGGUGUUUCAGGAAGUGGGAAUGAAGUACCACUCUCCUUUUGGAUGCAAAUUUGUUAUCCCCCUGCACUCUGCGUAAAUGGAUGAAUGUCCAGCAUCACGUCAUUCUUUAAAAUUUGAGUUUUUGUGCCUUAUUUCUCUAAGGCUUCAUGUAUUUUUUGUUUUCUUUAAUUUCUAACUCAGUAUCAUGAGUUAGGACUUUUCUCUCACACUGAAGGACCAGUGUUUGUUAUGCUGAUUUUGCAUGGUGAAUAUGGAUGAAGAAGGCGAGAGCAUUUACUUUUGGCUUAGAUAAAUGGAUGUAAUGGCCACUACAUGUACAGUGGAUGUAAUGGCCAUUUAACUUUUAUGUAGGUUCAUUAUAUUUACAUGAUAAGACACAUUUACAGCUAAGGUUAAUAAUAGUAUCACAUAGUGUUCAGUUAUAAACUGAAUAUGACAAUCUUUGACUUAAAAGGAAACAAAUGUUAAGCCAGCCAUGUGGCAAAUAAGAAAAGAAAUCAACCAUAUAGUUCAUGCAAAUACAGUUUUAUAGCAAUAAUUUAGACCACACAGCGGAAACCUCUUUACAGACGCCCCACUGUACUUUCCAGCACUAAGGAAAUGGCUGAUGUUUUAUUUGUGUAGAAAUUUAAACUACUUUAAAUUUGUCAUUUAAAUGAGUAGUGGUGUAUAUUUGAACCAAACCACACUCAGGCAGCUAAGGGAGAGAAUCAAGCUAUCAGCAGCUUUUUGUGUUAAAGCUAAAGGACAUCACCAGUGACAUUUCCAACUUAAUCGAAGUCAUGCUUAUUAAAUAUUUCUUUUGAAUGUAUUUCAAUGCACAUGACAUUGAUGCUGUUUUUACUAUUAUUGGUUUUCCUUUAUGGCUGUUCCUUAACAUGUGAAUCUCAGUUUGUGGAAGAAUUGUGUGGUGAUGCAGCAGCUUAUUGGCUGGUUGAUCUUAUAGCCUGCUCUGCAUUACAUUAGCAGGAUUUACUAAACAUGCCUUGUUGUAAAUGUGUUUCAGUUUGUUAAACAUUAGCUUAAAUAGACUAAAAAUCACUGGUAUGUUCCUUUUAACUUUCAAAUAAAGGGACCACCUGAAUUUUAAUUUCCAGGAAGGUUUACAAUAAAAGUUGUUUUGUGAAAUACUAAGUAACAUUUAAUAGUGAGGAUGUACCAUCCUGUCAUUUAGUUUGACCUGUUGAAAUGUUUGAGACAGCUGCCAGCAUUUUUACUUACUGCCAAAUCAACAAGGCCACUUUAUUUUAAAGAUGGGUGCAUCCAGAGCAGGGGCAAGUCUUCACCUGCCAUAAACCGUUUGCUUAAUACUUUGGUCCUGUCAUAUUGAGGAAUCUGGUCUCUCACUCGCUGGAGGAGUCGCUACUCUUUGGUACUUUGUGUACAUGGUGUUUGGUGUGGCCUUAAGUCCACAUGUGAACUUCUCUCAGGAAAACCCAGCGCCCAUGUUUGUAGUGUUUUCGAUUCAGUGAAAUUUCCUUCAGUGCACAACUUUUGUUUCACAAAUUCUUCUGAGCUGAUUUGUUGAGACACGCCUGGCUCAGUGUUACUGAGUGAGUGGAGGGUUUUUUCUGUCCGCCAGGGGGCGACAGAACCACACUGUUGUUGCUUUCAUUAUUCUGCUGGAACGGCAGAAUAAUGUUUCUGUUAGGAUAAGUGUUACUUCUCUGCGACCUGUGAACUGUCGGUAGCUUGCGUCAAAGCAGCCUUUACUCUCUGAUGCUCUGUAAACGUGCUCGUAUUUUCCGCAUUGUUUGGAUGUGUGAUACAUUCAGGAGCAGUUUGCAAUGCAGCUAAACCGCAUUAAAUAGUCAGUGGGAUGUUUUGUCUGGACAGUAUCAGCUCACCGUCGUGAAUACUGUGCAGUCCUGCUGUGAAACAAUAAAACACAUUUCCCGCUUA